UGGGCUCGGAGGGGGGCGGCUGCGGGUGGAGGUGCGCUUCUGACAAGCCCGAAAGUCAUUUCCAAUCUCAAGUGGACUUUGUUCCAACUAUUGGGGGCGUCGCUCCCCCUCUUCAUGGUCGGGGGCAAACUUCCUCCUCGGCGCCGCUUCUAAUGGAGCCCCACCUGCUCGGGCUGCUCCUCGGCCUCCUGCUCUGUGGCACCGGGGUCCUCGCCGGCUACCCAAUUUGGUGGUCCCUGGCCCUGGGCCAGCAGUACACGUCCCUGGGCUCUCAGCCUCUGCUCUGCGGCUCCAUCCCAGGCCUGGUCCCCAAGCAACUGCGCUUCUGCCGCAAUUACAUCGAAAUUAUGCCCAGUGUGGCCGAGGGUGUGAAGCUGGGCAUCCAGGAGUGCCAGCACCAGUUCCGGGGCCGCCGCUGGAACUGCACCACCAUAGACGACAGCCUGGCCAUCUUCGGGCCCGUCCUUGAUAAAGCCACCCGCGAGUCGGCCUUUGUGCACGCCAUCGCCUCUGCCGGCGUGGCCUUCGCAGUCACCCGCUCCUGCGCGGAGGGCACCUCCACGAUCUGCGGCUGCGACUCCCAUCAUAAGGGACCGCCCGGCGAGGGCUGGAAGUGGGGCGGCUGCAGCGAGGACGCCGACUUCGGGGUGCUAGUGUCCCGAGAGUUCGCGGAUGCGCGUGAAAACAGGCCAGACGCACGCUCAGCCAUGAACAAGCACAACAACGAGGCAGGCCGCACGACCAUCCUGGACCACAUGCACCUCAAGUGCAAAUGCCAUGGGCUGUCAGGCAGCUGCGAGGUGAAGACCUGCUGGUGGGCCCAGCCUGACUUCCGCGCCAUCGGUGACUUCCUCAAGGACAAGUACGACAGCGCCUCGGAGAUGGUGGUGGAGAAGCACCGAGAGUCCCGCGGCUGGGUGGAGACGCUCCGGGCCAAGUACGCGCUCUUCAAGCCGCCCACAGAGAGGGACCUGGUUUACUACGAGAACUCCCCUAACUUUUGCGAGCCCAACCCCGAGACGGGCUCCUUCGGUACCAGGGACCGGACUUGCAAUGUCACCUCCCAUGGCAUCGAUGGUUGCGACUUGCUGUGCUGCGGCCGCGGACACAACACAAGGACGGAGAAGCGGAAGGAGAAGUGCCACUGCAUCUUCCACUGGUGCUGCUACGUGAGCUGCCAGGAGUGCGUCCGCAUCUACGAUGUGCACACCUGCAAGGUGCUGGGCACGGUGAAGUGUGGCUGGGCAGAUUCACUGAAGUCCCGCCGGGAGCAGGACCUCAGCGGGGCUCGGCCCUCGGCAUCGGACAGCAAGGAACCCGGACUGUGGCCAGAUGCACGUGUGGUAAAUAACCUGGACCCAACCCGCCUGCCGACCGGGAGGCCUCCCUCCCUUCCUCCUCUUCAGUUUCUCACCCUACUCUGGAUGGUGUGUGGUUUUCAAAGAAGGGGCUUUCUUUUUACUUCUCUAGGGUCUGAUAGGAGCAGACCUGAGGCUUAUCUUUGCACAUGUGAAAGAAAAUAAAAAUGGAAAAAAAUUUCUACUCCAACAGAACAGGCUGGGCUGACGUGAGCUCUGUGCCUGGUGGUCAAGGUGUCAGCACCAGCAAGACCCCGGUUCCGACCGAACGGCUCUCACGGGCGUGUCCCAGGGCGCCUGUGCGGCGGGAGUUCUGAAGCAGGACACCCCUGCGGUCUCCUUUUCUCUGUCUACUCCCACUCCAAUCGGAUACACUUUCACGAUCUGAUAAAAGCCAUAGGUUGAGCUAGGAUAAAGAGGUAGGGAGGCCCAAGGCGAUUGUCAGAGUAGGGUUUGCAGUUUUGAAGAACUAGGAGUUCUAACUGUCCUGGUAAGCUGUUUGAAGAGCGGCUGUGUGUUCUCAGCCUCAUUUUCUCUGUAACCCUGUUCUGCACGAGGGGCUCUUGUGAACUGCAGUCAGAUCUCAAAACCCUUUUCUACCCUCUUCUGCAGUUUCCACCAUUAACGCAGUACUCGUGUGUGUGUCUAGUCGACUUUGUAAAUAGGUUGUGUAAGGGGGAGGGCGGCAAGGCUUCUCCAGCCCGGUGGCUUCUGAAAGAAAGGAGUGGUGUCUCUGGAGGGGCCGCGCCGUCCCUCCCAGCCCUGCUCACCUGCAGAACCUCCAUCAGAACAACACCAGGGGCUCAGCUGGACUCUGGGUCACCUCAGGGUGAGUUAGACAAAGGGCCAGUGAGAGGGUAGCAAUCUAUUCCUGAAGUUCCAGUUUCGAGGCUAGUGUUGUAGAUGGGGAGGGUAAAAAUGAUCCUUCCAUUUCCCCUCCAGUAAGGACACGUCUCCCUGCUUCCUCUCCUCCCUCUGGCCUGUGUGAGGGAACAGAAACGCAGGGUUCUGUAACGUGGAUCUUCCGGCCUCACCUGCGUGCUCAUAAGCACCCACCCGUGCAGCUACCGAGGAUCAGGGUCAGGUGUUUAAAGCGGGGCGAGCAGUCACCUGCUCCCGGGGGAAGAGCACCUCACAGCCGAGUUCUUGGUCCACAGCGAGUGGUUCUCUAGAGUGUCCUAGAGGAAGCUGGCAACACGGGCGAACGAAUCUGACAGGAUGGGCUGAGCUCAGCUCUGUCCAAGGAGCAUCAGAGAGAGAUGCAGCAGGGUGGAGCACAGAACACAGUCUUUUCUUCCUUUCCUCCCUUCUUUCUUCGGUCUACCGAACACUGGCCUGAGAUACCGGGCCAGGCGCUCUUCCUGCUCGCUCAGGCGGGUUUGCCGAGACACCCGUCUAGAAGCCAUGCCUGCACUCUCGAGUCUGCUGGGGGUGAGCCCUGCUAGAGAUACAUGUCCCCUCCCCUCCCCUCCCCUCCCCGGAGUCUGAAAUGCACCCCUCAUCUCACCGUAGACUGGAAAGUUUUAAAUCAUGUCAACCAGAUAAUGCUUGCUUUAUGUGAGAAUUAUUUCAGCAGAAUGGAUACAAAUUUCCAAAAAGUCUUCAUAUCUCUGUAUUCUAUAUUAAAAGUGAUAAAGUCAUGUUUUGGGGCGUAUUCAAGUAGCUGACAAGUAAUUAUUUAAUAACAGUACAUCGAGUGCGUUGUAAUUAUUCUCGCCGUAGUCAGGGAAUAGCAUCCAAUGGAAAUUUCCUACCAACCUGCUGUAUCCAAAGUUUUGUAAAAAGUUGUAGAAGUUGUUGAUCUUUUUGAUUUUAUAUCCAAAAAGUCUCUUUUUAUA